UUGCUUACAGAACAAACACUUUCAGGUGGUUUUUCAAGCUUCAUUCGAUGUGUCUAUAAAGCGAAACGAGUCAACAACAAUACAGUAACUUUAGUAUGUGAACGUGACCAAGGCUGUUGUGAACACGGUUGUUGCCCGAAAGACCAGCAUUGGAUGGCUGGUGUCUACGUAUUGCUUGCCUUUGUGCUACUGGUAUUCGUUGUCGGUACAGUAUUGAUGAUCGUAUGCUAUCAGCGAUCGAAGAACAAGCAACGAAAGGAACUACGGGAAGCUACCGAAUACAAUGGCUAUGCCGGUUCUCAGCCAGGAGCAGUAGCGCGUACUCGUCCUAUGGUGGGCCGACCUAUCUGA